AUGACAUCGAAGUCGAGUCGUGACCAGUGGGAUUUAGCUGUUCUUGAUGAGAAUCUCAGAUCUCGAGCUAUAAGAUCUUUGAAAGCUUUGAAAGCUCAUAUAGGCGAAGAAGGAGAUCACCAUGAGCCAAUAUAUGUGAUCAUUGACACUGAAAAACCUACUGCUCCUGACUUGGAUCUUGUUCCUCGCAUAAUUCCUUUGCCACAUGGGUUGAACCGGCCGGAGGACUUGAAGAUCAUGCUUGUUACGAAAGAUCCAGUUUCAACUUAUAAACCAUUCCUCGAGGAAAAAGGAUCUGCAACUGAAGAUACUUUCAGCGAAAUAGUGAGCAUGAAGAAACUCAAGAGUUUUGCAUCCAAUCCCAAACAGAUCAAAAAGGUGUUUCAUGAAUACGACAUGUUGAUCACAGACCAUAGACUGCAUCGACUUUUACCAUCUCUGAUUGGCAAAUCACAGUUCUACAAAAACAAUAAGAAGCUUCCCUUGAUGAUACAGAUGGCCAAACCUUCUCCAGACGCUGAGCUAACGAAAUCCAAGAAAUCUACCAAAAUGAAAGAUGACAGAGUGGAUCCCGACUAUGUUCAGCGACAGAUCAAAGCUAUUGCUAAAGGAACCACGUUUGUUCCAUCCACGGGUACAUGUUUAUCAAUCAUUAUCGGCUACAGCGACUUCAAACUGCGUCAGUUGAUUGAAAAUUUGGACUUCAUUCUGGCAUAUUUGACAUUGGCCAAGUUCAAGCCUAUUGGAGGCAUUCUCAAGAGAGGAAUGGCAGACAUCAAGGACUUGCAUCUUAAAACCAGCGAAAGUACCAGUUUACCUGUUAUGGAGAAAACUCCAAAAUAA